AUGCUAAGGGUCUUUGAAAUUGCUUCAGGGCUGAAAGUGAAUAUGAAAGAAAACAGAUUGUAUGGUAUUAAUGUUAACUACUGUGGUAGGUUGUCAGUUGGGUUGCCUUCCUCCAUCCUUAAUCGCAUCAACUCUCUAAUGGCAGCUUUUUGUGAGAGAUGUCAAGGGUCUGUCACAGUUGGAAGAGAAGAACAUGGAAACGAAGAGGAAAACGGUGAAGUAGGGAGUGAGAUGCGAAGGAGAAAUGAAAAAGGGGAAUUAGGGAUUGAAGGGCGAGAGGAAAAUGAGAUUGGGGAAUUAGGGAUUAUGGCAAUUGAAGGGCCAUGGAUGUUACCUGAUGAAGUGGAGCCGCACGUGACCAGUUCAAGCAAUGGGGGAGCAGGCCAGAAAAGGAUCCAAGAGGAGUCAACAGCCCAGUCAACCCAAAUGGAGAAGAUCGUCACAAUUGGUAUCGAGAGCCUCGGUUCUGGUCGUGAUGAGACUAAUCCACCGAAAUGGUGGGAGACUCAAGAAAACAGGAUUGCUGCACUAGAGGCAAGAAUAUCCACUAAUCAAGGUUAUGUGGAGGAGCUGUUGAAAAUUUUAACGGGCAGAAAUGGGGAACAAGAACAGUCUGCAGGUGAUCAGGUAAACACUCCUAAUAACUCUAAGGAUGGGGAGAAAAAUCCUGUGUUAGUGACUGUAGUGAAGGAUAAAUCCAUAUUCACUUAUAAAACCAAUGAACAGGGUAUACUAAAAGAUAAGCCUGAUGCUUGUUUCAACCCUAAGAACAGUAGUAGACCUGAGAAUCAAAUGGGGGAAAAUAGUAACAAUAGACCUAUUAUGAUUGGAAUGGAAGCUGAAAACAGGGGACCAGGGGGUUCUUUUAGCAGUUAUGGGUCGAUGUGGCAUAGACCUAAAAUCGAUUUACCAUUCUUUGAAGGAAUCAAUCCUAGAGGGUGGCUUCAAAAAUGUCUCAAAUAUUUUUCUAUAUGUAAUGUUCCUACAGAGCAGAGAGUAGAAGUAGCCACUAUAGGAAUUACUAAGCUGACUCAGAAAGGGACUGUUGAGGCUUAUCAGGAAAAAUUUGAAGAGCUACAACCUUAUAUGUUAUUACAAAAUCCUACAUUACAUGAGGAUUUCUUUGUGUCAUUGUUUAUCAGUGGACUAAGGGAGGAUAUUAAACAUAGGGUGAAGGCUCUAGAUCCUAAAAAUUUGCCUGAAGCAUACAAACAAGCCAAACUUUAUGAAUUAUCUGUUGAUUAUGAAAAUAGAAGAACGAGGCCUUCUUUUAAAAACCCACCCUACCCAAACCCCAUUGUUACUUUUAAAUCAGUUUCUAUGCCAUCAAUUACCAAAAACACAUCAGUUUCUAAUCCUAAACAGAGUCUUAUGGAUUAUAGAAGACAAAACAAUCUUUGCUUCAAGUGUGGGGAGAAGUUUCUUCUAGGGCAUCAAUGUAAGUCAAGGAAUUUAAAUUUGAUGAUUGAGGAAGAGUCUGCUGUUCCUACAGAUAAUGUUAUUAUGGAAUCAGAUCAGCAAUUGAUGCAGGAAGAAGAGGCUCUAGAAAUCUCGAUGAAUGCUAUUACUGGUUGUAUUAGCCAUAAUACAUUAAGGAUUCAAGGAGCCAUUAAAGGUAGACCAAUUAGUAUUUUAAUUGACAGUGGAAGUACUCAUAGUUUUUUAACUCCACAGUGGACUGAUGCUGGUAUACAGGUAAUUACACCAUAUCCUUUGGCAAUCACAGUAGCCAAUGGACAGAAACUUUAUAGUUCAGCAAGAUGUAAUCAGGUGGAGUGGCAGAUGCAAGGGCAAUCUUUUGUUCAUGAUUUCAGACUCCUAAAGUUAGGUGGCAGUGAUAUGGUGUUGGGGGUGGAUUGGAUGAAAUUAUUUAGCCCUAUUUUGAUGGACUUUAAUCAAAUGACAUUGAGUUUUCAACAUCAAGGGGAGAAUAUUAUUAUACAGGGACAACAACCAUCUAAUUUUUUGCAGCAAAUUUCUGGAGCUACAUUAUUGAAAAUGACAGCAUCAGAUUCUCCUAUUUUGGGUCAUGUGGUUUUGUUGACUAUGUCUACAGAUUCAAAACCUGUUCCACCAGCUAUUCAACCUCUUUUACAGAGAUAUCAGUCUAUUUUUGAAGAACCUACUGGGUUACCACCUACAAGGACUCAUGACCAUGCUAUUCCACUUAAGCCUGACUCUACUCCUAUCAAUUUGAGACCUUACAGAUUUCCACACAAUCAGAAAGAUGAGGUGGAAAAACAGAUUUCUAGUAUGCUUUCAGCCUCUAUUAUUCAGCCUAGUAGGAGUCCAUUUGCUUCUCCAUGCCUUCUUAUCAAAAAGAAGGAUGGUACUUGGAGGUUUUGUGUGGAUUACAGGAAAUUAAAUAGCAUGACUGUAAAGGAUAAAUUUCCUAUACCUGUGGUUGAAGACCUAUUAGAUGAACUGCAUGGAGCAAUUUAUUUUUCCAAGAUUGAUCUCAGAUCUGGUUAUUGGAAAAUACGGAUUAAGUCUGAGGACAUAUACAAGACAGCAUUCAGAACUCAUCAAGGACAUUAUGAGUUUAAGAAUCAGGUUGAAUACUUGGGCCAUAUUAUUUCAACUGUUGGAGUUUCUACUGAUCCUAACAAAGUGGAAGCUAUGAGGAAUUGGCCAGUACCUAAGUCAUUAAAGUCUCUGCGUGGAUUUUUGGUAUUAACAGGCUAUUACAGAAGAUUUAUUAAAGAUUAUGGGUCAAUUAGCAAACCUUUGACUCAGAUGCUUAAGAAAGACAAUUUUCAGUGGUCUGAUGCAGCUUUGACUGCUUUUGAAGAAUUAAAGAGGGCUAUGUGUGUUGCUCCUGUUUUAGCCUUACCAGAUUUUGGUAAGAGCUUUUAUUUGGAAACAGAUGCCAGUUCUGGUGGUAUUGGGGCAGUUUUAUCUCAAGAGGGCAGACCUAUUGCCUAUUUAAGUAAGGCUCUCAGUCCUAGACAUGCAGCACUCUCUAUUUAUGAAAGAGGGUAUCUUGCUAUACUUCUAGCAGUUUCCAAGUGGAGGCAUUAUUUAGAGAGUAAAUCCUUUGUGAUUAAAACAGAUCAUGAGCCAUUGAAAUAUCUAUUAGAACAGAAGCUGACUACUGCUAUUCAAAAGAAAGGAUUGACCAAGUUAUUGGGGCUAGAUUACACUAUUCAAUACAGGAAAGGUAAAUCAAAUGUUGUUGCGGAUGCCUUAUCCAGACAGUGGGAAGAUCAGGGUGACUGUUUUACUAUGAACACUACAAUGAUUAUUCCAGGUUGGGUUCAUGAAGUGGAAGGGAGUUAUAAGGAUGAUCCUAUAGCUACUCAAUGGAUUUCUGUAUUAUCUGUUACUCCUAAUGAUGAUCUGCAGUGGAAAUUUUCAGGAGGUAUCCUUAGAUUUAAGGAUAGAGUUUAUAUUGGGGAAGCUGGAUCUCUUAGACUACAGAUACUUCAGACACUACAUGAUUCUCCUUAUGGUGGUCAUUCUGGCAGUCAGGCUACCUAUCAAAGGAUCAGGUCUUACUUCUAUUGGCCUAGAUUGAAAGCUAUGGUUGUUACUUAUGUAAGAGCAUGUGCAGUUUGUCAACAGACUAAGGUGGAACAUGUGCCUAAACCAGGGUUAUUACAGCCUUUACCUAUUCCUCAACAGGCUUGGGAAGUUAUUACUAUGGACUUUAUUGAGGGAUUGCCUACAUCUUUAAGAAAGAAUUGUAUUCUGGUGAUAGUUGACAAGUUUACUAAAUAUAGCCACUUUAUGGCAUUAGCACACCCUUACACUGCUGCAGAGGUUGCCAAAUUAUACCUAGAUUGUGUUUACAAGUUGCAUGGUCAGCCUAAAAUGGCCAUUUCAGAUAGGGACAAGACUUUCACUAGCCUCUUUUGGAGAGAGCUAAUGAAACAGUUAGGAACGAAGGCUCUAUUUAGCACUGCCUACUAUCCUGAAACUGAUGGACAGUUAGAAAGAGUAAACCAGUGCUUAGAACAGUAUCUAAGGGGUCUCUGUUUUUUCCAACCAAAACAGUGGGCAAAGUGGUUGCCUCAUGCUGAAUGGUGGUAUAAUACUACCUACCAUACUGCCCUUAAGUUAACACCUUUUGAAGUCCUAUAUGGCUACAAGCCACCUACUAUGGUAUGGCAUACAGACAGUCCAGUACAAGGCAUAUCAGAGUUAAUGCAGAAUAGAGAAGAGAUCAGGCAAUUAGUCAAGUCUCAGUUAGAACAAGCAAGUAAUCGAAUGAAGCAAAAAGCAGAUAAACAUCGAUCAGAGAGAAAUUUUCAGGUUGGUGAAUUAGUUUACCUGAAAUUACAGCCCUACAGACAGACCUCUCUUGCCCUGCGAAAAAAUUUAAAAUUAGCAGCAAGAUUUUAUGGCCCUUAUAAGGUUACUGAAAGAAUUGGAAAAGUUGCUUAUAAACUGGACUUACCUGAGACUUCCCGUCUCCAUCCGGUUUUUCAUGUUAGUUUAUUGAAGAAACAUAUUGGGGCAACCGUAUCGUCUUCAACAGAUCCUCCUGUGAUGGACGAAGUGGGUCAGUUCAAGAUUGAACCAAGUCAGAUUCUGGGCAGACGAAUAGUUAAGAGACAAAACAAACCGAUAACUCAACUAUUGGUUCGUUGGACUAACCUGGAUGCUACGAACGAAACAUGGGAGGAUUAUUCUGUGCUCCGAGGCCAAUUUCCGAGUUUUGAUCCUUGGGGACAAGGAUCUUCUCCAGCGGCGGGUAUUGUCACAGUUGGAAGAGAAGAACAUGGAAACGAAGAGGAAAACGGUGAAGUAGGGAGUGAGAUGCGAAGGAGAAAUGAAAAAGGGGAAUUAGGGAUUGAAGGGCGAGAGGAAAAUGAGAUUGGGGAAUUAGGGAUUAUGGCAAUUGAAGGGCCACAGAUGUUACCUGAUGAAGUGGAGCCGCACGUGACCAGUUCAAGCAAUAGGGGAGCAGGCCAGAAAAGGAUCCAAGAGGAGUCAACAGCCCAGUCAACCCAAAUGGAGAAGGUUUAG